AGAACUUUGUUGAAUGCGGCCAAAGCCGACAUCAGAUUUUAAGGUUAUGUUGACUGUUUUGAACUCGCUUUGUACGAUUAUCCGGAAGCUUUAUACGUAGAAAUGGCAGACGUGCUGGACAUCAACGAUUCCGUCGACUUGGACGUCGAAGACGACGGCGAUCAGGGCGUACUCCGCCUCAAGGACAAAGUGCUGCGACGCAAAGGUCGCGGCUUCGGUACGGGCGAGCGUCGCGAGCACGAGAAGAAGGGCUACGAGAGCGUCGACCCCGGCGACUACUCCGACGAGUCGGGACCGCAAAAGUCCGUCGAGGGCUGGAUACUGUUCAUAACGUCCGUCCACGAGGAGGCGUCCGAGGAGGAUCUCAGCGAGAAGUUCUCCGAGUUCGGGCCGAUCAAGAAUCUCGCGAUCAACUUGGACCGACGCACCGGCUUUCUGAAGGGGUACGCGCUCGUCGAGUACGGCGAGUUCGAGGAGGCGAACAACGCUCGCGAGGCGCUCGACGGCGGCGAGAUACUCGGGCAGACGAUCGGCGUGGACUGGUGCUUCGUGAAGGGGCCGAAGAAGAAUCGACGCGGCAGAAUGAAAAGACACUGAUUUUCGUAUUUUGUAUUCGAUUAUUAUUAUUAUUACAAACUAACUUAACGA